GUGUGUGAGUCUCUCUGUCUGUAUAUCUCUGAGGGGUUAAAAAAUCUUGUAGGGAAACAUGGUCACAAACAAGCAGCACCCUACGGCCUAUCGGUAUAUUAAUAAAGUAAGAGGCGUCCCGAUGCAGAGCAAUCCUCUGAAUUACAACAUUUCACAGGGCAAACAAUCAAAUGUGUAACAGAAUCGAACCGAUCUGCGACUCUUGAUUCGUCUGUAUUAGUUACAGAUUGAUCCGCAUUGCUUGUUACUUUUCUUUCUGGAGAAGAUGCCCAAAGGCUCUCUGGCGGGAGGACACGGAGCGGCGAUGAGAGGGUUAAUGAGGACUCACCCACCCCACCCCCCCGGCGGUGACAGGAGACCCAUGUGAAAAAGGAGUCUCCCGCUCCUGAACUCAGCACAUUCGCGUCCAUCCAUGUGGCCGGCGCGAGAGGAGCGCGUGCCGUUCGCGCAAACUUCAAGUACACAGCAGUUUGUUCCGGAUUUUAGGAGCGGUUUUCUGGCAUGAACAUAUUUAAGAGAAGAGAGAAAUCCGACGGAUACCACGGCGCACAAAAAGAUAAAACGCGCGGAAGCAGGGCGAAGGAGUUAAUUAGUCCCUAAUUGCAGAGUCUCUCGCCACUGCAGUAGACACGUGAGCGCUGUUCCUUUUCGGGGCGACGCAGGCGCGCGCGCGUGCGCUCGGCUCGCGCGCGGACCGGAUUGCAAAGUGGUGGCGGAGGAGCGGCGAGAGGAGGAGGAAAGCGGCGAUCAUCACUGCGAAACGCGUCAGUGCUGGAUGUGCAGCCUCCGCACGAGGUGUCCGCGUGCGCCGCCACCACAGGAAUAAAGCACACGCGCGCACACACACACACACACACACACACACACAGAGAGAGACACACAAAUACGCGCGCUGUUAGAGCAAAGUUAUGGAUGAGAGAAUAGCGCGCCUGCAGGACCGCCAGAUGCUGGAACACGCGGAUUUCCUCGGAGUGGACUACUCGUCCCUCUACAUAUGCAAAUCCAAAAGAGGCAUGAAGCGAGAAGACAGCAAGGAAGCCUACAAGCUGCCCCACCGGCUCAUAGAGAAGAAGCGCAGGGAUCGCAUCAACGAAUGUAUCGGACAGCUGAAGGACCUGCUGCCCGAACACCUCAAACUGACGACUCUGGGACACCUGGAGAAGGCUGUGGUCCUCGAGUUGACGCUGAAGCACCUGAACGCGCUGACCGCGGUCACCGAGCAGCAGCACCGGAGGAUCGUCGCGCUGCAGAGCGGUCAGCUGCGUAACGGCACACUUUGGGACGCGACCCUGCAGGGCUCCGCGCCCGGCGACCUGGACGCCUUCCACUCGGGCUUCCAGACGUGCGCGCGGGAGGUGCUGCACUACCUGAGCCGCUUCGAGAACUGGACGUCCCGGGAGCAGCGGAGCGCGCAGCUCGUGGAGCACCUGAGCAAGGUGUGCGCCCGGUUCCUGCCCAGGGGCGGCGAUGCGGCGCGGGCACACGGCUGCGAGAGGCCGGCGGAGGCGCAGGCAAACUGCGUGCCCGUGAUCCAGAGGACUCACCCCGGGGAGCUCGCCGAGAACGACACGGACACGGACAGCGGCUACGGCGGGGAGGCGGACCGACCCGAGCGGGAGUGUUACAGCCGCGCCACGGCGGUGCGCGUCAAGCAGGAGUUCGCGGACGAGCCUCCAAGCAAGAAGCUCAAAGUGGACCCGGCGCUUAAGGCGGAGCCCGGCGGCCGCCCCGACGCGGCGCUCCUCAACACGCUGGUGGGGCUCGGCGGCGUCCCGUUCGGACAGCACGCGCCCGGCUUCUGCGUGCCCUUCUACCUGGUGAACCCGUCGGCGGCCGCGGCGCCCUACGUGCCCGUGUUCGACAAGGCCGUCCUGGAGAAACACCUGUUCCCGGCCGCGGCGGCCGUCACCAACCCCUUCCCGCUCUUCUACCCCGGCUUCCCCGCGCACGCCGCCGCCGCCGCCGCGGCCGCCGCAGCCGCCGCCGCGGUUCUCCCGGGACUGUCGACGGCGCUCAAGGCGGAGCAGAGCAGCGCUCCGGCGGGCUUGUCGCACAGCAGCAACAGCAGCAGCAGCGAGCCCCGGUCUCCGGCCCCCGGCGCUCUGGGUUCGUCUCCGGAGAACGAGCAGAGUUCGGACCCUGAACUCCUGGGGGAGGACGGCGUCAAGUCGGAGCCCGAGGCCAUCUGAGCGCCGCCUCCCUUCCUGCAGCAUCACCUGAUCCCUUUGUAUAUUUUUGGCAUCGUUUCUGUCUUAGCUGAUAAACAUGGAUAGUUUUUUUUACUUCUAAAUUAUUACUUUUAAUUUUUAUUUAAGGCCACCCACUUAGCAGUAAGACGUGUGGUUUCGGGGUUUCAGGAGGACUUGACUGGGUUUUAUUACGCCAGAGGUGCAGUUUGCGGUUGCCCUGCUGCCUCUGAGACACUGGACACGUUUCUCCAGCUUGAUAAGAAUCGGAGUUUCUCAGAUGUGUGUUUGGUAACUGAACUCGUGCUCGCUGUGAACGCGCACUUUGGCACAAAUAAGGUCCCAUGACCUGGACCCUGAGAAUGACACAAAGGAAUAUAGCACCUUAGAGGAACCUUUGAUGUUGAAUGUAUUUCUUUUUAGAAUACUGAAGAAUAUAUUUGCAAAGUGCACUUGUUCACGCCUUUUGGACAUUUUCCUUUCUCCCUUGACACAUUCCAUACUGUUUUUUUUCUAUGGCUGUUACUGAUUCUGUUUUAUUAAUCUAAACACAUUUUGAUCUUCUGUAAAUGUCACAAGUUACUUGUCAAAAAUUCAUAAAUAGCGAAGAUGUAUGUGUGUGUGUGUGUGUGUGUCCAAGGAUGGUUACUGAAGCUGCAUAAAGUAGAACUUUAUUUCAUUCUAUAAGGUGGCUAACGAAAGUACAGUAUUGUGGUAAAUUGAAAAAUGGUAUUACUUCAUGAAACGAAUAUUAACUGACACUUUGAAAUCACUGAUGUCUUGGCAGGUUUAACAAGUUCUUUCUGAUAUUAUGGCCGUUAUCAUGGGCGUGUGCACACACACCUGCAUAUACAUAGAAGCUAGUGAGAAAAAAAAUGUAGUUGCAAAUAUCCUAAUUGUUUUAAGUCCUUUUGCUUUGAAGUUAAAGCCGUCUUUCUCUGUCAACAAAGUUCUCCUCGGUGAGGUGGUGGCUUAGGCCGCCGUCGACAAGCUGUAGCACACUAUGAAUGGUUUCAGGAGAAUGUUGUACAGGAAAAGGAAGCAAUCUAACAAUUAACAAAUGUAUUCUGCAAUUAUCCAUAUAUGUAUACUUUUUGUUCUUUUUCAAUAUUGAGUGCUGCUCCUUUUUGCUGUUGCCUCAAAAAAAGCUGCAAUUGAUUGUCCUGUUGCUUGAAACAGUGGCUUGUAUGUGUAAAUAGUUUGUGAAUACAUUAUGAAAUGUAUGUCCAGAUGUUAUUGACGUAGAUGAAAUCUUAGGGUUUUUAAAAGAGCAAACUGACCAAUUGGUGCACUUUUUGUCAGUGCUGUAGGCAUAAGCUGUCCUAAAUUAUUUUCAGAAAUGUAAAAAAAAUAAACAUAUCUAAACAC